AUGCCAUUGAGCCACAAAGUACAAUUCCAUUCCCAGCCAGACGUCCACAGCCACUUCCUUGACAAUCAUGCUAAAGGAUCUCAAGAUUGGACUGUGCGUUUUCAUUUUCAUUUUCAUUUUCAUUCUAAAUUAUUCCUCAUUUUCCCGCUAUCUAGCAUCGAUACCCCAGGCGUCAUAAAACACGUCUCACACCUUUUCAAUGGCCGCCCCUUCCCUUAUUCAGGGCUUUUCGUACCUGUGGGCUAUUCCAUCGAGUGCUCCUCUGACACCCAACACUCUUCUUUUAUCACCCCUACCGGCACAAUGCUCCAAUCAACCCGUGACGACCCUUGGCAUACUGCCCCAGCUGCUGUGCCAUUUCUCGACAGCUCUUCUAUAGAAACAGCCGUCCAGUACGUCCAGAAGAUCCAACAACGCUUCGAUGAUGCUAUGUACCGUCGCUUUCUAGAAAUUCUCCGCAAGUACCAUAACACCACUGAUGCCGUCAACGAAAGUGAAAUGUCGGUUGAGAUUACCCGUCUUUUCAAGGAUGAUCCUGAUUUGCACUCCGACUUUAGGAUUUUCAUGCCUGAGAAGAGCCAAGGUCUUUUCGACGAUGCCGAAGAAAGCUAUCUUCUAGCCCCAACAGGACGCCGCACUCGGUCAAAUACGCCACUCGAUGACAAGCCUGUUCUCCGUUGUACAGAUCCCCAACCACCCCUCGAGCCCACUGUCCCUCAGAAACUCAAGUGGAAAGUGAACGAGCAGGACACCACCUUUGUAGCACCCAAAGCUUCCUCCAGGGUGACUGCUUGA